AUAACAGAAGCUUCAUCUCUUCGGCAUAAGAAUAAAGACAGCAAUCAUUAUCAACCACCGCAUGAUACUUCGAGCUUUCCAUAAGCCCUGCCGCUUUGCUCAUCCGCAUCCCUCUUUUUCUUUCAUGAGUAUACUUUAGCGUGGGCACCAUUAUGAGAGUGGCAUAAAAGUUGAUAUCAUAUCUUUCCAACAAAUUGAUAUGACUGUCUAUACGUUGGGUGACUCCGUGUCCAUUUUUCAAUUAUCGUCUCGAAGAGAGGCUCAUUCGAAGUGGUAACUCGUUCCUUGUACUAGCAGCAUUGGUUUUAUAGGGUAGGUUGUUCAAGUAGAACAGAUGGCAGCGCCCGAAAUCGGUUCGUUUAGGCAUGGCAGUUUCUCGGACAGGAGCAAGGAACGGCUCCUGCCCCCGAGAAAAGGCUACUCUGAUUUCGGGCUCAACAGCUCCGGCAGCAGCUUCACCAGCAUCAAGCACCAGUGCUUCCGGUCGCUCUCUGACAAGAUUUGCAAUCUGUGGAAAGGGUUGCAAGAUGGUUGGGCUAAGCUGUGGGAAAUGGGCCGGUCUGAUCCUCGGAAAGUUGUCUUUGCAAUAAAAAUGGGGCUGUCCUUAGCACUCGUGUCCCUCGUAAUCUUCCUCAAAGAGUCCCUGCAGAAUAUGAGCCAGUACUCCAUCUGGGCUAUCCUUACUGUCGUGGUUGUCUUUGAAUUCACCGUAGGUGCAACCCUUAACAAAGGGUUCAAUCGUGCCCUGGGUACGCUCUCAGCAGGAGGGCUUGCUCUUGGCAUCGCUGAACUGUCAACUUUGGCUGGUGUUUUCCAGGAAGUCAUCAUGAUAAUUAGCAUUUUCAUAGCAGGAUUUUGUGCAAGCUAUGUAAAGCUAUACCCGACAAUGAAGACCUAUGAAUAUGGUUUUCGGGUUUUCCUGCUGACUUACUGCAUCGUGAUGGUAUCAGGAAGCUCAUCCACAUUUUUUGAGACGGCCUUUUACCGGCUAAUGCUGAUUGCUGUCGGAGCUGCAAUAGGUUUGGUUGUAAAUAUAUUUAUAUACCCGAUCUGGGCAGGGGAGGACCUCCACAAGUUGGUCGUGAAGAACUUCAAGGGUGUCGCCACCUCCUUAGAAGGGUGUGUUGAUAAUUACUUGCAAUCUGUGGGAUACGAGAGAAUUCCGUCGAAGAUUCUGAUGUACCAGGCUUCCGAUGAUCCAGUGUACAGUGGAUACAGAACUGCUGUGCAAUCGACUUCUCAGGAAGAAUCACUGGUGGAAUUCGCGAUAUGGGAGCCUCCUCAUGGGCCUUACAAGACAUUCAAUUAUCCGUGGAAGGACUAUGUCAAAGUAAGCGGAGCUCUGAGGCACUGUGCUUUCAUGGUCAUGGCAAUGCAUGGAUGCGUACUCUCGGAAAUUCAGGCUCCAGAAGGGAAGAGGAAAGUCUUCCAAAGCGAGCUCCAGAGAGUAGGCACCGGAGGUGCAAAGGUGCUCCGUGAGCUCGGAAACAAAGUGGAGAAAAUGGAAAGACUAAGCACCGGGGAUAUCCUCCAAGAAGUCCAUCAGGCUGCAGAGGAGCUCCAGAUGAAGAUCGAUGAGAAAUCAUACCUCUUGGUAAACUCGCAGAGGUGGGGGAUCGUGGAACAUCCAGAGGAACCAUCGGAAGAACACGACCACGUUCAAGACGUUAUUAAAGAUGUUCCUGAUAGUCAGCAACAGGUUGUGAUAAACUCGCUCAGUGACAUGGGCGAACCUCAGAACCCGAGCAUCAUCGUGGGGUCCACGGGCCUCCAGGAAUCCAUCACGUCCGAUAACACUAUCAAGAGGCCGAUCAUAUCCUGGCCCCGGCUGUCCUUCAGCGCGAAUUCAGUGCUGAACGAGCAGGAGUCUAAGGUGUACGAGAGCGCUAGUGCUCUAUCCCUGGCGACUUUUGCUUCGCUUCUGAUCGAGUUUGUCGCAAGGCUUCAGAACCUUGUGGACGCAUUCGAGGAGCUCAGCGAGAAGGCCAACUUCAAGGAUCCCAUGGAGCUGGACGUGAAGGAAAGGGCGGGCGGGUUCUGGGACAGGUUUCUGAGGUUUGCUCGGUUGAAAUCCUGAAACUUUGUUUCCGUUCCGAGGUUGUUUCUUUAUCAUUGCUCGUUGGGCACGUACUCCCAAUUUUUGAAGCCAGAGUAGGCUAUAUAUUCAACUGAAAGGGAAAAGGAUGAGAAGAUGACUGCAACUUCCUCCUCCUCCUUUGUUGCACAUUGUUACUGUAUGCUCAUAGUUUCUGUACUUUCAACUGUAUAAGGCCGGUCGAUUCAUUUAUUUCCUGGCAUAUUUAUUCAGACAUGAACUAAUGAAUACACAAACCAAUUCACGCUUC